AUGGCUGGCUCCGUCAAUGCGCAAUACAUUCCUCGAUACCCGGUCCAUGAUAGCCUUCCCGAUCCCGAGAUUCGGACGUUCAUCACCAACUUUUACAGAAUAUCCGACCAGCAGGACUUGAAUGAGCUGUGGGUUGAUCAGUUCACCAAGGAUGCGCAAAUAGCUGUUGGGCCUGCGAAGGCGAUUGGGCGAGAGGACAUCCGCACAAUGCGCAACGGAAUGUGGUCGGUGGUACAAGAGAGGAGCCACACUGUCCAUAAGGUCUUCCCGGGGCAGUUCAGUGAAUCGGCAGACAGCAAGCGGGAGUGCGAGCUGAUGCUUUACGGCGACGUGUCGUAUAAGACCAAGGACGGUGCCACAAACACUGUUGCGUGGGCGGGACACGGGACUGUGAGAAAGGUGCAAAACGAGGAUGGCAACGAGGAGUGGAAGUUUGCUGCGUAUUCCGUGUAUAUGCUGAAAUAG